GGGCUCGUGCCUGGGCUUGCUCUUAUACUGCCAGUGCCAUUGUCCCCCUUCAUCCCCGCCAUACGAACUCUGGCAUUAAACGCAAUGGGAUUAGGCGAAGUUAUUCAAGACAGCGAGGACGAGGAGAUUUUUGCACCCUUGAGAGUGCCAGGACCAUCGACAAUGGAAGCAGAGGCUCGGGAAGCGGCGAGAGCUGCGAGUGCUAGCACUCGACCACGGCCACGACCCGCAUACAAAGGUGCGCUUUCGAAGGCUGCUCCAGCCAGCGAAGUAGCAGGCCAGGCGACUUCGUCUUCAUCCACCACGAGACCACCGAAUCCGCCAGUUGCCAGCCCAUCGAGCUCAUCCACGCUGAUAAACCACUCCGCUGCGUACACACACCCUCCGCCCACUAAGGACGUCGACAUGCUCUCCCUCGACAUCGCCGAACGAGCAAAGUUACGUUCACGGGGCUCGAAGGCCAACACCAAGCAGCCAACACCCCCAAUAGAUGAGGAUGUCAUUGAAAUCACCUCCUCUGACGACGACCUCAACAUUCGCCCUCCGACUCGAGGUCCGAAGGCCAAGGUUGCUGACAGAGACGCGCCCUCGCCCAAGAAACGCGCCAAGAGGGCGCAUAUACCCGUCGAUCUGAGCAUGGAUGAUGCCAGUCCCGCGGUCAUACCCAUCGCUACCUCAGCUCCCAGCUCCCAAUUACCCCCAUCCGACCCGCCUCCGCCAUCCACACCUCCUGAGCCGACUCCAGCCAAUGCACGACCUACGAGUCGUAUUGUUACCUCACCAUUAUCCUCGCCUCUCCCUCCACCCCCGCCCCCACCGAAGCGCAAACGGAAGACGUCGCCGAAGGAUUCGGACGACGAAGGGAGCGUGAGACACCGAGGCACGCUGAGGAAAGAGGAUUCCGGCCUUGCGAUGCCCCCGCCUCCCCCACCGUUCUUUGCGGAUCCCUCAUCAUCAUCCGUACCUGCCUCCGAUACGCUCGUCGAGACGUCCUCCUCGACGCGUGCUUCAGAUGGGCCUACCGCCUCCAAACCCACCAAGAACAAAGGCAAGCGGAAGGUCAUAGACGAUGACGAUUUCGAGGACGACUGGCCUCUCGACCCACCUCCUCGGCCGAAGCCACGGCAACGCAAGAAGCAGCCCGCCGACGAGGACGACUGGCAGGGCGACGACGCGCCUAAGCCCGCACGCAAAUCGCGCAAGAAGGUGACGGCCGAUGAUGACGAGGAGGAGUGGGGAGGUGACGCGCCGCCAAAGCGCAAGCCGCGGGCGCCGCCGAAGAAGAAGGGCAAGAAGGACGAGUUACCGAGGCGGAUUGUGGAGGUUGUGAUCGAGCAGCCUAGAGGCGGGAGGAAGGGGAGGAAGGGCAAGGGUGACCCUCAGCUGACCGGAGAUGUGUCGGGGCAUGGGCAGGAUGCGUCGGCGGCCCCUGACACCACAGCUGUUGCAGACAAGACUACCGCGGAGGGCGACUCGUCACCUCUGAGUGAAACAGAGGUUGAGAAACCAGCUGACAAACCGAGUACCCCUCCUCCCGCUUCGCCGAAGCGCUCGCUCCCAGUGUUGCGAGACGGCGAGUCCAUCUUGAACUCGCCGCGCUCCAAGAGCAAGUCCAAGGGCAAGAAGAGAGCCGUGAUAGACUCUGAUGAGGAGGAGAACGAUGGCGGUGAAGGGGAGCAGGCUGGCUCUCCUCCCAAGAAGCAGCGGCGCGAGCUCACAAAGGGCAGGAAGUCUGCUCCCGCGGCUUUGGAGCAGGAGAAGGAAGAGGAAGAGGGGGAACCAGGUAGCUCGAAUAGGGAUCCAAGACCUCGGGUGUCCAGCUAUUCAGCCGUAACGGCGCCCUUCAAGUCUCCAUUGCCUGCCCCAGGCACCACGCCCAAGCUGACUCUGACGAACCGGUCCUACACCGUCAGCGGGCGGUCAUCCCAGCUACCCAUGUCCGAGCUGCUUAAGAAGGUCAACUCCCAGCCUGGCUCGCCAUUUGCUUCACCGCGCCCGACGCACUCACCUUAUGGGAAGACUACUAAGAGCUUCCUGCGGAAGAUCGCCCCACUGCACCCCAACCGCCGGACGCCGCCUCCCCCGCCUCCGAGGCCGCCGCCGCCGAAGAAGAGCAAGAAGCAGCUGGAGCUCGAGGAGAAGUGGGAGAUGGAACUAGAAGACUCUGUUGAGGGCUGGUACUGUAUGUCUCAAGAGGAGAGAGCGGCCUUGCUGAGGGCUAAACGGAAUGCUGAGAUGGGUUUCGAGGAUUGACCUCGACUGUUGUUGUUCACUUGACAGUAAGCUUCUCAACCUGAAGGCAGAAAGCUGAAAGGCCGUUGUACAACGGUGUCAUAAGACACGUAGCUGUAGCCGUGGACUUGAAGGAUUUGCGUUAGACCGCGCAUAAUGGUGCAGGUCAAUACCUCUAAUUUAUACCCAAUUGUAUUACAUCAUGUUAACAAUGAAGUCCAUUCGGUCUCGGUAUAUGAUGUAGUAGCUGGCCGUGUACAUUCGUA